AUGACUGGGUCUGUUGCGGUGGUGGACAUCACGAUAGAUCCUGACUCGAUGAGGCCCAAAGCCGGCGAGCAGUACAUUCAGCUUGUCGGGCUCUCUAAGCAGUCGCUACAGUCGGGCUGGUCGUUGCCAGUCCUCAAUAGGGUCCAGGAUGUUACCUUUGUGGAUGCCGAGUCUAUCAUGAUGCCCACUGAUGCCCCAGCAGGUGCCCAAGCUAGUAUCUCUGGUACGGUUCUCGCACUGAGCUGUAUUCUCCGACCCCGUGGUGGCGCGAGUUCUGUUGUGUGGGUACUUCAUUUUGCUGAUGAUGAAGUUCCGGUUGCUUUUAAAGGAGCAAAUAAUAUCAUCAACCGUAGUUGUCUAUGCCCUGGCUCGUCAGUGGAGAUCGUUGGAGUACUGAAGAAAGGCUCUGCACCAGUCAGCGGCCGACGAUGUGAAAUCCGUCUAGCAGAUUCAGCAGUCUCGAUUCGUCGCCUUAGCGAAGGCCACCCUGGGUUGCGAAUCAAAAUUACUUACGUGCUGGCUGGUGCUGCUAUACUGGGGGCUUGUUCAGACGUGCAUGAGGGAUGCCCGUUGCAUGCAGUCAGAGCGUUGUGCCGUUCUCUUGACCCACAGGUUGACACUAGAAUUGCACAUAGCGAGCCGUGUACGAAUCCGGCUCUCGUGUUGGGGUAUUCUUCUAUCCUAACCCGACCUGAGAUGGUUCGUCCUGUAUGCCAUGGUCCAUCCAUUGUUUUCCGCGAGUUACCCUCUUGCUGGCAUCGACAGAUUUUCGAGUGCGCGCGGAAUAUGAUGCUAGGAGAGCCGUUCAGCGUGGCUAGUGCACCUCGCGCGGACUCUGUGGCGGUCUACAACCUGGCCAGUGGUUUACACUGUCGCAACUCACUGGGGGUUCAUGUCGGGGGUCCGAUGGUUGUAGCGAAUAGUGAUCCGCCUGCUGCUCUCACUGAUAAAAGGGGAAUAGUCGUGCGCUGUGCCAAAGGGGUAUGUUAUUUUCAAUGCCCUGAUGGGACUUUGGGCCACAGCAAGGGCGACCUCCGCUCCGCUCUGUCUGUUAUCGGUAAGCUUUCGGACAGGGAGGAGAAAUUGGCAUUGUCUCAUGCCAGCUCACUCCAUCCGGUCCUCUAUAGUGUUGGAGAAGUCUCUCGUUUGUCACCCUCUACGCCGUUCACUUUGAAGGCAGUGGUACUUUGUGAGAUAUCGCAUAGGAAUCUGUCCCGCGCCCCGGAUGUUCUCCUCGCUAGCGUUAACGCUGAGGGGUGGGACGUGGCCAUCCAGGAUAUGGCGCCUAAGGGCCAACUGCUGAGGAUGUGGAUCUCUAGAACACAGUUGAGAAGGGAACUUCCGGUGCCUUCACUCGUGGACAUCUCAGACGUGAUUGUGCUCGUGAACGAUUAUGUGCCAGAAAGGCACACGAUCGGACCUUUUCGCCCCGUGUUCUCCGUCCUUCUACCAACGGGCUUCAUUGAACUACGAUGGCCUCGACUUCCUCCUUCGAUAGUCCCGCAUGCAUUGCCUGAUAACUUUUGGGUAACAGGACGAGUGUCGUGGCUGAGGGAGGUCAACGCGUUCGCAACUUGCUGCGAGUGCGGGGAAAAGAUCUAUCUACUUUCCGCAUGUUCGUGCUCCAGGGUACGCGUGCUCUCUGCGGAGGAUCUUUCUCUGGAUGACCUCGACGUCUCAUUCGUUGCUAAAGGGGAGAUUGUGAGCGAUAUGGGUUUCUGUAUGCAAGCAGUCUUCGUUGGCGAGGCAGCCCUAGCGGUCUGCGCUGAUUCCCCGAUUACUGGAUCAUUGAGUGAUGGGAUCAAGCGUUUCAUCAUUGCAGACGGAGGAGGAACCGCGAUGCUUGCUAGUAGAGAGUCACGGGAAUCUAAGUGGGAGCCGCAGUACGCGGGUUUUACCUACCCCGAGCGAGUUUCUGGGAGGUUCCGCUUCAGUGGUGAGCGGCAAGAAGAUGGUCUUCACCUCGACCAAGCGAGACUUCUCGAAGAGUCCCAAGGGGGUAUCAACGCCAGACUUGAGAUGCAUGUGUUCCGUAAUUUGGAAAAGAUGGAAUGA